UAUAAAAUCAAGAUGAAUUCCGUUAAUAUAUAAUUUAAAAUAAACUAUGACUGGUUAAUUUUAAAUCGGACGUCUUUCUGCUUUUUUUCCCCUAAUGAAGGGUGCAGUCGGUCAGAAGCACACGUGAGCUGCAUGGUUCGCCAUAGUUUUGAGCAGCAGCAGCAGCUACUGGUUCACUAGUUUGGUGACUUUCAAGAUGGACGCUAUAAGCUAGAUAGGUUUCUGUUUCUUUUUCGCUCCGCAGAGCGCAUAUGGUCGACCAUCCGUACCAGGAGACUCGAAGGGGGACUCGAGAAGUUUCCUAUUUGGCGGAUGUAUGAUUUAGAGAAGGGGGGAAGUGAAUAAAGUUGAAGAUAUUCGCCUCGUCGUGUUUGGACGUGGUGGAUAUUUUGUAACUUCCUGGUUCGCUUUGACCUGUCAGUAGACUCGGAGGACUCUGGAAGCUUCCGCUGGUUCUGGAUUUGUGGGAUUUAUUUUUUUUUUCUUCACUCGUUUGAGAUGUUUGAAAGCGGGGAUAACUCUUUAAAAAGAUACGCCAAGGGAAAGGGGCAGAUUUCAUAAGCGAUGGAAAGUCGUAAUGGUGGUGCAUCGAGUGAAGGUAUUCUGAUACCUGUGUGUGAAUCUUCGGAGCUCUUUCAAACCAGUAUAUUGGCUCCACUUCAAAGUGCGUACUUAUACGAAGAAUCAAAGCACUUUUUCAGAUACAAGUCUGCUGUUCUAGUCAAGAACCCCGACCUGGAGGAAAAGUACCACGCGUUUCGAGCAGGGAAAAGAACCGCAGGCUACUCGGAAGAGGAUCUCCAGGAAACAUUUGGCUUUUUGUUGUUUGACGAUGGCAGCAAGGCGAAUGCUGUUGGAAAAAGCGGUGUGAUCUCUGGAAACGGCUCAUGCACAACCUUAGGAGACCCAGCAAAAGGUGUUUACAUAUCCAUGUUCUCUGACUGUUUGGAUCUAAAUCGCUGGUAUCAUGGGAAAUCUGGGUACAUUGCCAUCAUCAAGCUGACAAAGGGUAAAGUGAAAAACGUUGCCGAGAACUACACCCAGAAUUUCACAGAACCUUCCGUUGGCUUCGACUGUCACGUGUCAGACCAGCUGCCCUCUGUGUCUGCCAAAACCAGCUCCUUCCUUGCUUUUGAGAGAACCCAGUUUUACAUAUACGAGCUGCUAAAUGAUGGCAGCGGUGGAACAUCUCGGUGUCCCAGCGCCGCAUGUCCAUUUGCUAUUGUGUCGUUUUCAUAUAUGGACACAAAAGCAUCACAUAUUCCACAAGAGAAAAGUGAGCUGAAAAAACAAGUUUGUCACUACUUGACGUGGAGAGGUCAGCUUCAGAUUGAGAGCCAGUUUUACCAUGUUGACCUCAGGUCCAACGUCAUGGCUUUUAUUCCUGCACAGCUACCACCAGUGAUCAAGGUCAACCAAGCCAUUUCCAUGUCAGAUCUGAGAAUCCUGUUGCCUAGAGCUGCGUUUGAAACGAGCUUUACUGAAGAAGUCUUCUUGGAGGGAUUUUACUGUGAUUUGUGUGAGUUUGUGUCCUCAGAAGCAAAGGAAGCCAACUCAUUUGCUCUCCUCCUCUCAAAGAUGAAGGAAAAGGAUCUUGCUCUUUGCAUUCCUCUACAUGAUGGAGGGUUUCUUAUUUUAAUGCACUCUUCACACUUCCUCAGAUAUGACGAUGCUGAGUCUACCUCAGCAGAGGUCAUGAAUGGCCUCUUUGUGUUUCCUGACUCACGGGUUGUGAGGAGAGACACAAAAUUCCGAGGGAAAAGCACUUCCCUGUCUAAUGAGAUUCUUGGAGUUCUACCAGUGCUAAGUUACGCUGAGGGCGAAGCUGAGAAGGCAUGCUUGGGUCCAAACGACGAACUUUGUGAAGUGUUUGCUCAGCACAUGCAGAGCUAUGCUACUUUAAUAAAUCCAGGAUUCUCCUUAAGUUCAUCGAGACCAUCAAGGGAACUGAGUAUCUUUCCAGAUCAGUACGAUGUGGCAGAUGCCCACAAACAUCUCUAUUCAUCUCCUGAGUGGAAUGACAGGACAUGGCAAACCUUCAAGUCUUACUUGAAUAAACCAGCCUCCUUUCAACUUCCAAUUGCCAAGGUAUCAGAAAUCUUGGCGUCAGGACAAGAGGAGCGAAGAGAGGAUCUUGAUGAUUGUGUUUACAUCUGCCUGUCAUCCCCUGAGGCGGUACCAACCAGCCCAGUUAGCAUGGAAGCACAAGAUCACUUCUCAGAUGAGCAAUCACAAGAUGAUAUUAAGACAUCCAUGGAUGUUGAUUUGCCAAGUACUGAAUUACAAGUUGCUCCAACCCAAUUUUCUCGGAUGUCAGACAUUUUGCAAAGUGAAAAUGGUACCAAAGACUAUAUAAAAUGUACUUCAGUCACUGAGCAGAUGGACAAAUCUGACGAUCCGAAAGCACAAGACCCACUUAGUCCAUCGACAACAGAGGAUCUCCCUGCUGAGCUCAUCGUCAGCUUAACUUCAGCGGAACCAAGUGUCCCCGACAAAGACUCAGAAGCCAAGCAUACAGACUUUCAUUUUUCUGGUCUUUCAACCAUCACCAAAUUACAAACAGCUGAGGUAAACUCUGCCAUUGAGGAGUCUGACAAAACAAAAAACUGUUUGGAUUUAUCUAUGGUCACCAAGCACCAAACGAGUACAAAACGAAGGAGAAGGCGAAGAAGACGUGGCCUAACAAAGAAAAAGGUUCAUAAAACUUCUGUCAAGACUGAGAGUUUAAAUACUGUUGUAUCCUCAGUUGAGGUUGAGCAUUUAAACCACAAGACAGAGGAGCAAAAUGAACAAUUAAAUCUACCGCAGUUAAGUCCUACAAAACCUAAAUGGAAAAGACCUUACAAGAGGAAGCGUGUAUUUGGGACACUAUCAUCAAAAAAUAAGAAACUGAAGUCUGCUAAAGUUCAGUCAGCCAAAGAUGCAAAGAAGAUUUUAGAUGCUGGACCGGAGAGUUUGAAAAGCCCAAUUAUUCUGGGACUUCAGGCUUUACCUCUAAGAAAGAAAACAGUUCGUUGGGACAUUAAACCUGUCACCAGUGAAUGUGGAAGGAUUUUGCAUCCUUUUGGCUCUGUAGAUUUUGUCAAUCAGAUGAAAUCAAUGCAGUGUGCAGCAAAAGACAAGUGCCUUGACAAGUUGUCAAAUGACAUCCCUGUGAUGGUUCCUGACUCGGCUGUAAUGAAUAAACAACUUGGCACAGCUUCACUGAUGGCGACUGACAUUUCAACACCAACAAGUGAUGAUGGUGGUCAGAUACCUUUGCCCCCUACCACGUGUACCGCUUCUCCAAGAAAUGCUGACACAAAUAGUCUUUCAUCUACAACGGUUGAGUCCAAACUGCCUGGAAACAUUUCUCCAACCAAGAUUUUUGCAAAAGGGGACCUAUUACUAAGUAAACUAAAGUCAGUUCUCUCAAGUCGAAAGAGAGAGCUAGGUCUUAUCAGGGAGCGACAAAAGACAGAAUGUGUAGACCAAGAAAGCGAGCCUUGUUUGAAGAAAACCAAAGUGGACUCUGACAAAGAGACAAUUGAGGAUAAUAUAACUCCCCAAAGUGACAGUGUUUCCAAAAUGGCAUCCGUUGAUCCUGGAUUUGCAUAUUACUUAGGCUUGACCCCUAAAGAGAAUGUAAAAAAUGAGAAAGCAGAACAUACCUUCUUAGAAAAACAGCAACAAAUAAUUCAAAAGCCCCCCUCAUUUAUUCCAACGAGGGGUAGAAUAAAGACUCUGAAAAGACUUCAGGGCAUCUCUGCGGAAACUGUUAAAAAGAAAUGGUGGUUGCAUUUUCAAACUCCAGCUUCUUUUACAAGUGAAAAAAAAAUCAAUGACUGUACUAGUGAUAAUACUGUCAGGAAGACUGUUAAGGAAAAAAUGAAAAGUGAUUGCACAUCUACAGAUGCUUUGAACUUACUUGCUGACUUGGCACUCAGUAAUGACAAAAUCCUUCCUCAACCAAAUCAAGCACUUGAAAGUCCUCCCAAAGAGAGUAUGAAGAUAUCUGACCUUUCAGAAGGUCUUUCCAGUGCUGGUCAAGAGUCAGUUCUUCACUCUUUGCUUAGAAAUCCUGCUGCUAGAACAACUCCACCUCUUGAGUCUCCCACAACAUGCUCCCUUGUGGCAGACAAUGAACUGGUUGCUUUAAUAUCUUUAGAUCAUGCUUACUCACUCCCCCCAUCUUCCUCUCUACUGUUGGAUUUGCCAGGUACACCCUUCCAGGUACCACCCUUAAGUGGUUCAACGAGACUUCUAAACCAUCACCACACAAAGUAUGGCGAUGGACUUAAAACACUACACGUCCCUGUCAAUAUGGAGGACACAGGUGAAAACAUCAAGACCUCUGAAUACCUGUCGAAGCAGAAGGAAAGGUUCAAAACCUCACGAACCUUUGUAAUGAAGGAGAAUACUAUACAAGUCACCAGAAAAUGGCAAGAAAACUACAACUUCAAUCUAGACAGCAGGUUUACCAGUGACCCGAAGGAUAAAGCAGUCAUCAGAGCUUUGCAUGGGCCAUGGGAUUUCUUCAUCCAAGACACUACUGAAGAGGUGCGACUCAUCUUCCACAUGUGGAUAGGCCUGUUUUACAGCCGGUCAACAGAACGGUUCUUUCAAGUUGAUCCAAGUUUUAUGCCACCAUGUUCAGAGAAGAGUGGGCCACUCAAAAUAACAAGUGGAACUUCAUUAGGCCAAACUCAGCCGGAGCCUGAGAUCAAUUCAAUUGCAACUCUAGCAGAAACUCCAAACCAGGGAGUUUCAGAAAUGCUGGACUUAAGCAAACCCGAGAGCAGUGACUCAGUAACGGAAUCUGAAAUUUUGGAUUUGUCGGUGAAAAAACUUGAAGCCAAACCUGUUCCAUGGAGCAAUCUACAGCCAGCAGCAGACCAACAGGAGAAGGAAACAAUUCAGUUGAACAAAGUGAUGCCACUUGUUGGUGAAAUUUCCGGUGAUAAAAAGAAUGUAGAAAUGAAAUGUGAGGCAACUGAAACUCAGGAAAAGUCAUUACUUUCUGAUCAUGAUAAAAAACCUAAGAGUGACGAGACAUUUGUCUCUCUUGAGCCUGAACCUGACAGAGCUACAUUUGGAAUUGGACCUGUGUCUUAUGAAUCUAAUAAAGAUGUCGUCUCUGAAAAAAAUGGCAUUGAAAAUCGAGAGGCUACAGUAAAGUGCUUACACAAGGAAGAUGAACUGUGCUCACCCACACCCGCUUUAGACAAGAAGGAGAACUCCAACACAGGAGACAGCAAUGUGAUGGGUACAGAUGUAUGUGCUGAUGUGAAACUAAAGGCUAAGGAAUCCUGCCAAAAGGGGAACUAUCCAUGCCAAGAUGGCAAUGAAACUCCUCUAGACAUGAUAAACACAUGUGAUACAAAUGUGAACGAAGAAUUGGAUACUGUCUGUAAUGGAGAUGUAAAAGAGAAGCAGUCAAGUGAGCAAAGUUUAGAAAAGGCUGACAGUCUUGGAGAAAAUAUGGAUUUUUGUACUAAGCUUACAACAGAAGAGUUGGAUAAUGAAGAUAAGUGUUUAAGAAAAGAUGGAGAUAAUGAAGAGGAAAGCUGCUCUUCUGCAGCAGACAUUGACAGAGAUUUGAGAAAUCCACUGUUACCCAAGCUGUGUGAUGGUUUUAUACAGCAAGGUUACAUUUCAGAGAUUAGCCGGAUACAAAUGGAUGAACGGCUGCCAUCGUCUGACAGCACAGGAGAGGCUCCCUUGAGUGGAAAUCCCACAGUUUUGGAAGAUGAAAGUCCCACUUUAGACACUCCAUCAGAGCCUGCCCCUAAAUUUCAAGACACUACGUUACAGGAUAUAAGCAAAAGAGACUGUCAGAAGCUGGUGUUGCCCAUUUCUAAUGAGAGCAGCUUAUCAUUCAAAGACUCCUUCACAAUUCCAUGUCUUCCUCAGGAAAAGGAUGGGAUUGAAUCCAAAAACAAAGCAUCAGACUUGAAUUCUUGUACAUCUAGUAAUGAAUGUAAAAGUCAGGAAUCUAAUUUGGCAUGCAAAGAGGGAAACAUCAGCAAUGCUUUGCUAGAACUACAGGUGUCCCAAUCAAAACCUGAAAUUAAAGAUGUGUCUAAGGUGGAUGGAGAACAAACUGAAAACACAUAUUCAAUUGAGGAAACAAAUGAUCUUAGCAAAAGUCUAAAUCUAUGCAUCACAAAAGAUGGGGCCGGACUGAAUGUAUCACCACAAGAUGUGGUAGAGGAAAUUGAGGACCAGGAGCCAAUACCCCUCAUCAGUACAGUUAGUAUUUCUGCUGCUGACAUGAAUGGGUUCUACAGGAGAUCUCCAACUCCCACUAUAGAUGAAAACCCUCAUGAAAUUGGCUUUUUUUCAAAUCCAAGCAGUAGCACUGGUGUUACCAGUGAUGGUGAAGACAACCAUAAUAUUAUUGGAAACUCAAAAUCCUCUAUGGAAGAGAUGGCUUUAGAGGAGAAACUCCAAGCAUCUGCAGGUGACACUAAUCCAAAAACUAGUGCACAUCUUAGUUCCGAUGUCAAAAAAAGAACAUUACGAGUUUUGAAAAGUAUAAACGAGUUCCUUUCUACCUCAAACCAUGUCAACAGCAAAAAAUCUGUUGCCCCUUCCUUGGGAUCAAGGAACAAGCAAAUAAAGGACAAAAAGACAAAGUUAGGAUCAACCUGUAUCUUGCAAACACAGACCAAAAAACAAUCUGAUCUCCACAAGACUUUUGUAAAAAGUAAAUCUAAAGAUGUUCCUGGUUUAAAACGACCGCAGUUGAAAAAACAUUUUUCAACUUCUUCAGAUCGUUUUAAAAUUGCUGACGAGAAAACACAGAUAGGCCCAGAUUUUCAUCUUGAAAAAGCCUCUAUCUCUAAAGGUUUGCGAAAAGAGAAAAUGAAAUCACAAUCCAAUUCAAGUAGUAGUAGUAAGCAUCCUGCCAUUGCAGUAAAACCAGCUAAAAAUGAGGAACAUCUGCAACAUUGGCUCUCUAAAGGCAUGAAUAUUAAAACUACCUCCCAGAGUAAACAGGCUAGUGAUUGUGUAACCACAUACCUCUUAGCACCCUCUAUGAUUUUAAUGGAAACAGAAACUUUUAAACAAAAUUUAGAUGGAGUUGUUAGUAAAAGUGUUCAUGAGUCGUAUUCCAAAACCACUUGGUUAGAAAAUAGUUCUUGCAGUAAAUCUAACAUAGAUGGUACAUUUGCCCCAUUAGAUCCUCAUCACCACAGCAGAACCUUUUCAAAGCUCCACCCAAUUUCAUCUCCAUCAGAUGUACUGUGCAAUAAAUCUGGAAAAACUCUAACCCAAGGACUAGGGAAUGGACACAUCGUAAAUGGGACAGGUGAGGAUGUAAUCGAACUUGUUAAUCGAGGAGAAAGCUCAAACAAGCCGUUAACUCGUGACAAAAAUGAUGCACUAAGUGAGGAUGAUCACAGUUCUCUAACGUCAGUCCAGUGUACAAUCUUUAAUAGUGGUGAGAAGGGUGCUUCCUCUUUUAUAGAGCAGAUUUCUCAAAGGUGUCUUCAAAAUGAUCUCACUCAAGCAUCAAUGGAACAAGAGUGCCUCAUCUAUUCUGAACAAAUGAAAAAUCUUAUUAAGAAUAAAAAAGAGACCCUUUGCCAGUUGGAUACUAAUAACACUUCAACGUCUUGUACCAGCCCCUUAACUGUCAGUUUUUCCAACCUUGAGGAACUUGAUGAUUCAAUGGAGGAUUUGGACACCCCUUUCGUUAAACAAAAAAUAAAAGUAGAUAUAUCUGACACUAAGAACCGGAGAGCUUCCAAGGAGGAAGGAAAGGCAGUCUGUUCUCCAUCCCGUGAAUUAAGUAACCCAAUGGAGCAUGUUGGGGUUUCUACCAUGACUGCUGAAUGUGCUAGACUGUAUGAAGCAAAGAUGCAAGAUGUUUGCUCAGCCAAAAAGGUCCCACUGAGACUUAAAAGCAAAAAAGGUCAUCAAGGGGACACAAGAACUGACUCAAGUAACCAUUUUGACUUCUGUGAUCAAAUGAAGAGAGAUUUGGAUGACACCUUCCGAAGUAAUCUGAAUGCGGUUGUGAAGAAAUCCUGUAAAACAAAGUAUAGAUUCUACAUAUUGGUCACCUCUGAUGACGUCUUCUUUGAAGAAACAAGGGAUCAGUUGGAGGCAGAGGGCCACUCUGCUGUUCAGCCAUCUGAAUUCUUCCUUGAAGACAGUUCUUCCUCACUCCUCAUCAUCCUCAGGAAUGAAGAUAUUGCAGACCACAUUUGUAAGGUACCACAUUUGCUCAAGCUGAAGCUGACCCCAGGUGUGCUGUUUGCUGGAAUCGACGAACCAGAUGAUGUCAUUAAUCUCACCCAUCAGGAGCUUUUCACUCGAGCUGGUUUUGUAAUGGUUGACAGAGCAGUGCUGGAGCCCCUCAGCAUUUGCAACAUGAAAGAAAUCUCAAAAAACCUGCAAGAGCUCAGUAAAACUGGGAAGUGGAAAUGGAUGCUACACUACAGAGACAGCCGUCGCCUGAAAGAAAAUGCAAGGAUGAGCGAAGAGGCGAACAUGAAGAAGCUCUUCAUGUACUGGUGCCAGGAUGCUGGUAUACUGGAGGUCUUGCCUUACCACGAGUGUGACCAGAUGACCAAAGAUCAACCAGACUAUCUUGCAUGUUUGCGCCGAUUGCAAGUCCAACAUAUAUCAUCUCGUUUGACUGUUUUUAUAACAGAUGCAACCACAGACGGUGCCUUUGAGGAGAAUGGCAUUUUAACAAUGACUUUAAACGCUUUUCUCACAAAGUCUCCAUCAGAAAUCUUGAGUCAGAACUAAAAAAGAAGCCGAAUGGAUGAGAUUCUCUGGACCUUCAGACAAUCAGAAGCUCUUUACAGGCAUGUUUGGAGUGAUGGUUUUCCAACAUGCUAUACUACACAAGCAUUUAAUCCUAAAUGAACAUUUUUGUCAGCAAAAGUUUUUUUUUUUUCUUUUUUUUUAAGCAGGCCUUUUUUUUUCAGGCCUCUGUAUAAAUCCUAGCUCUAAUUCUGUUAUUGAAUAGAUUGGCGUUUUGCCGAAAUGCUGGCAGCUGUGCUGUUUCAACCAACCUUUAACUUAAAGAUUGUAUAUUGUGUUGUAAUUUAGCCGUUUUUUUAAUGUUUCUCCUGACAUACUGACUGUAUAUUUUUACAGCAAAGCAAGAAAGCUACAUCUGUCUGUUUUUUUUUAAAACAUUGCAUAAUUUAAAGAUUACACUUGUACAGUAUUUCUUAAAUGUUUUUAGUUUAACGAUAGGCAUUACUUGCAAAAGCCUGAUAGCUAUAGUGUUUUAUUUGAAUGUGUGUAAACAGGUAUGAGAUUCCGUUUUUGUAUCUGGGAAAGUAGCUUUUCUAUUUUCCUACUGUUUUUUUCUUUAUAUAAAUGUUUAUUAAACUUUCACAGAGUCUUAUUUUCUCAAGCAGAUUUCACUUGAAGCUUAUAGCUUUGCACAGAAUCUGUUUUUUUACACCCAAUGAUUGCAUACCUUAAACUUGAAUGGAACCAUACAGAAAGCCCCUGCAGGGAUUUCUGCACAGUCUGGAUGCUUUUCAGCUCUGGAUACGUCUCUGAAGAAAAAUGGAAUAAAACCUGUAUUUCUAGAA